UAGACUACUAACAAUAUUGUCAGGAAUGAAUAUGCUAUUUGUUUUCAGAGGAGGAAAGGAUUUUUGAUUUUCUAAUGGGAAUUGUCGACACAUAUUCAACUAUACAUUCUCAAAUAUAAAUUGUUGACCCAUUCCCAAACAUAGGAAUAGCCUAUGCUUUCAUGGCACAAUAAGAAAACAGAGAUCUAGUACUGCAAAUCACAUAUCCACAAUUGAAGCAACUACCUUGCUUAAAAAAGAGGGUGAAUCACGACAAUGAAAAGUUGAGGAUGGGGUUCGACAUCAAUUUCGAACUUGCAUACAAUGUGGGAUAAGUAAUUACACCAAAGAUUAUUGCUUUAGAGUGAUUGGGUAUCCUGCAGAUUGGCGAAAACCAUGCAACAAAAACAACAAGAAAAUCAAUAAAACUGCAGUUUCGUGGGCAUCAAAAAAAAUAAAAAGGAACCAAACACACCCACAGGUAUGGCUCUUGCAGCAACUAUUGAAGAGGCUAUAUCAGCAGCUCCAAGAUUUACACAUGCUCAACACCAACGACUACAAUUAUUACUGGGUAAUAAUCGAGCAUCCACAAGUAACUCGUCUGUGAGUAUGACAACCUCUAAUUUUUCAGGUAAGACAAAAGAGGAAUGGAUAGUUUAUACGGGUGCUACGAACAAUAUAGCUUAUGAUAUACGUUCUCAAGCAAACAAGAUAGUUCACACAGCUUUACCACCAGUGCAAGUCCCCAAUGGUGAUAAGGAUUUAACUUCGAGAAUGCUGAUUUGAGUGGGUAUAGAGAGAAAUGGUGUCUAAUACUUGGAUCCAACGGAAGGGGGGCAAGCAUUGAUGUUGAAGAAGUCUGUCAGUGCAAGUUUAUGGAAUCAACGAUUGGGGAAUAUAUCAAUGAAUCGUAUUUCUGUAGUUCCUAGUUUAUCGAUUAGUUUUUGUUAAAAGAAGCCUUUGUUUUGUGAUGUUGUUGUACGGCAAAAUAAACACGAUUAUCUUUCCUUCUAGUAUUAAUAAAAUUGAACAUGUUUUUUAUGUAAUACAUUG